AUGUAUCCAUUUUCCCGUGCCCUUUCCAACGCUCAGUGCACCCACUGCCUACCCUCACCGGCGCACCAUCCCCCCACAAUCCCACCUUCCCCCUCGUCUCCGCCAGGCGCGGUUCUGGCGGAGGUGCAGCGCGAGUGGGGGGUGAGCUGGAGCCAGUGGCGGGAGGGGGGCGACUGCUCUCAGGCGCAGGGGCUGGCGUGUGACGCGCAGGGGCGGAUCGUGAGCAUGUAUCUCCCCAAUGCGCGCCUGCAUGGACCCAUCCCGCUCGCCAUCGGCCGUUUCACGGGGCUCACCAUGCUUGAUCUCAGCAGCAACAGCCUGGGUGGCUCUCUGCCCUCCUCGCUCGGUCUGCUCCACAGCCUCGCCCAUCUGGACGUGAGCGACAACAAUCUCAACGGCUCCUUGCCUGCUUCCCUCUCCGCGCUCUCAGGCCUCUCGCACCUCAACAUGAGUUUCAACCUUCACUAUUUAGGCGACAGCAAUGGCAUAUCAGAGUCUGACCUCUCCCCACUGCUCCGCCUCUCGUCUCUCUCCGUCCUCGAUCUGAGCUACAACCAGAUGGGAGGCCCGUUCCUCUCCUCGCUGCACCUCCUGCCCAACCUGCACCACCUCAAUCUGCGGUGGAACCAGUUCCUUGGUCCGCUGCCCUCCAAUCUCUCCGCACUGGUCAACCUCACCUUCCUGGACAUAAGCCUCAACAUGCUAUGGGGCUCCAUCCCUGCCACCAUUGCGCAGCUCUCUCUUCUCAACACGCUGAGGCUGCGGGGCAUGAGUCUGUUCGGGUCUGCUCUGGAGGGCUCCAUCCCUGCGUCCCUCUUCUCCCUCGCACUACUCACUGCGCUCGAUUUGAGUGAUAAUUCGCUCUCUGGCUCCAUGCCUGAUGACAUCAGCAAGCUGUCUCCACUGAAGCAGCUUCGCCUGGGAUGGAACAUCCUCCAUGGGCCUGUGCCGGCUGCUGUGGGCCGCCUGCAGCUGCUGGAAGAACUGGAUCUGAGUGCAGCACCUAGAGUCAACCUAUCUGCCUCACAGGACCGUCUCACCGGUUCGAUCCCGUCCUCUCUAGGUCUUCUCUCACGCCUCACAUCCCUGGAAAUGGCCAGCAACGACUUGCAAGGGUCCAUACCCGAGUCUCUGUGGGACCUCAAGGCGCUUGUCAAGCUCGACCUCAGCAGCAACCGCCUCUCAGGCUCGCUCUCACCCGCGCUAGGCACUCUCCCAUUGCUGCACACGCUUCUCCUCAACAACAACUCCCUCCAGGGUGCGCUCCCAGCAUCCGUGGGUGGCUUGUGGCAACUCGAGAUGCUUGAUGUGGCCUACAAUGCUCUCUCUGGUGUCAUCCCACCCACACUCGGCACCCUGCCCAACCUCCUCACUCUCUCCAUCUGGCCCAGCAGCGAGACCCCAGGCCCUGUCUGCCCCGCUCCCGCCUCUUGCCCCAUUGCUCCGUUGCCCCUCUCCGCCUUCUGCUCGCUCUGCCCCCGCUACUGCACCGCCUGUGCACCAGCCGCAGGCCCACCGUUCAACACCCCCUCUGCUCAUUUCGAAUCCCCCGCUCCUCCCCUCGGCACCAUCUCCCCUGCCCUCACAUACCCACCAGGAUUUCCCCCAGCACUUUCGGAUGACUACUCAUUUGAACCCCCCGAACAGCCCAUCUCGUACCCCCUUGCCCCUGCUUCCCCUGCUCAAUCCCCACCGGCACCCACGUUCCAAGUCCACCUCCCACCUGCACUCUACUCCUUUCCAUCCCCUCCUCCUGCUGCUCUCGUCACCACCCCAUCUUCUCCACCCCCUCGUCCGCCUCUCACUCCAGCCUCCACUCCUGGUUCGUUGCUUGGUUCUGCCCCCACCACUGCUCCACCUCCCUCGACUACCUCUGUCACCCUUGCUUCCCCCGUCCUCCACAAAACUCUUCGAGGCGUGGCAGCCCCACCCUCCUCACCAGCACCCCUCUUCCCGGCGGUAAUUGCUGCACCACCGUUGCCUGUAAGCCCAGCGGCAGCUCCCAUGCCGGCAGUUACAGUUGCCAAAACUGCUGAUUCCUUUGUCAGCGCUCCUCCCGCUUCUGCUGCUCUGCAUGGUAAGGCGGCUACUGGCUCUGUAGCUGGCACCACGAUUACUUGCGUUGCUGUCUCAUGGGGUGCUCUGCUGCUGCUGCUGGCUUUGUGA